AUGACUCCAAUUAAAAAAUUCCUUAAAAAUGGUGAGUUACCUGCUGAUCAAACAGAGGCUGAAAGCGUUAAAGUCAAGUCUAGACAGCACGUGUUGCAAGGUGAAAUACUCUACAAAAAGGGUUACCUUGCACCCUUACUGGGAUGUGUCGGUCCCGAACAAAGCCAGUACUUGAUCAAAGAGGUUCAUAAAGGUAUAUGCGGAGCUCAUUUUGGAGCAAGAACGGUGGUUGCUAAACUAAUGAACCUUGGGUAUUUUUGGCCUUCCAUGCACCGAGACACCACUGAACAACUAAGAAAGUGUGAUUCCUGCCAAAUUCAUGCACCAGUCCCGAAAAGCCCCAAGCAUGACCUUGUCCCGAUCAAACGGUCAGGUUGA